AUGAGUACUUCAUUGUACCAAAAAAUCAUCCGGGAUGGAUCCCCACUCGUUAUCGUCAAGGAUUCGAGUCAACAAACUGCGAGACCCGUAUUGGACCAAAUGGUGGAUACUGCUUUGCAGCGAAAAAUUCGAGUGAUCUAUGUUUCGUACGAAACAUUGCAGCAAGAUGCACCAAAGAACGUGGACAAUUUCUUGUACGCUAGUUCGUGGGACGGCUUCAUGCCUCUUCGACAAAUUGCUGAGAAAAUUGAGGAGUUCUGUCACAAGGAUGCACAACAUCUUGUAGUCAUUGACUGCAUUAAUCACCUCCUCAACACAUCCGUUUCGAGCUUCUCUGUCUUUUUUGGAACAGUCCUUAGUUUCGGAAACAUUUCUAUUCUUACUACGUUCCAUACGGAUGUGCAAUUGGAGUCGUACCCUUCGCACCUUGCGAAUUGCGAAACGUUUUUAGGUUUUACCGCUACUACCAUCAUGACCCUGAAAAGUGAGGAGCACGCUCGGGUAGAGCAUGAAGCACGCAUGCGCAGCGUACCUAGUCCUCUCGAAAUGGAUGUCAUUCUGAAGAAUGGUCAGAUACAACCUUAUUCUGGCAUCCACGUUAAUGUUCAAAAUACCACUCCUGCAAACGUUUUAGACGAAUUGAGUGUGCCUUUCAAUCUGUCCUUGUCGGAUAAACAGCGCAACGACCGCGAAACUGUUUUCCUACCACACUAUGCUCAAGUUGCAACGGCUGACGACAACGCAGUUCCUGUGCUACAAGCUAACGGAGGCGCCAUUAUAUACCAAGCAGACGAGGCAGACGAUUUUGAUGAAGAAGAAGAUGCCGAUGAGGACCUCUUACUGUAA